AUGGCCCUGCAGUGCACGAAGUCCGCGGGACACUGGAAGAUGGUCGUGUGGGACGAGGAGGGCUUCCAGGGCCGGCGCCACGACUUCACCACCGAGUGCCCCAGCGUUCUGGAGCUGGGCUUUGAGACUGUGCGUUCCCUGAAAGUGCUGAGCGGAGCGUGGGUGGGCUUCGAGCACGCCGGCUUCCAGGGGCAGCAGUACGUGUUGGAGCGGGGCGAGUAUCCAUGCUGGGACGCGUGGAGCGGCAACACAGCCUACCCCAGCGACAGGCUCUCCUCCUUCCGGCCAGUGGCCUGUGCGAACCAUCGAGACUCCAGGCUGACCAUCUUUGAGCAGGAGAACUUCCUGGGCAGGAAAGGAGAACUGAGCGACGAUUACCCCUCGCUGCAGGCCAUGGGUUGGGACGGCAAUGAAGUGGGCUCCUUCCAUGUCCACUCUGGGGCCUGGGUCUGCUCCCAGUUCCCAGGAUAUCGGGGCUUCCAGUAUGUGCUGGAGAGUGACCACCACUCUGGCGACUACAAACACUUCCGGGAGUGGGGCUCCCACGCCCAGAGCUUCCAGGUGCAGAGUGUCCGCAGAAUCCAGCAGUGA